UUCGGCUAUCGAUUGGCGGCAACACGGAAUAUUCCAACAAUAUUCAUUAGAAUAAUAAUAAUAGUUCAUUUUUCAUUAAUACAAAUACCCACCGGGCUAUCGAAUCGCAUGCAAUAUCCGAGGAAGUGGACAGGACACGGAACAUUAAACUUUAGUGGCGUUUUUGUAUUUCUGAAAGGGAAAUCAAGACCAUUUGAGUUCUUUUGUGACUCGAAAUUGGUUUAAUUUAUGGCUGACCAGGGAAGCCAAGAAAAAACAGAUGCCAUCGUGAAGGGGAACGCGAAAUCCAGUGAGGAACUGGGGCUACCCGAAGCCAUGGAGGAUUUGAUGGAUCUGGAAGAUCAGGGCGUGGGUGGAAUGAAGUCAAGAGAUAAGGAUAAAUCUAUGGAUUUGGAUAUCUACGACGAUUUGUACGAGAUGGCGCCUGCAGGUUCAACAAAGCCCGAGAAAAUGGACAGAUCUCUUGAACUGGACAUCUACGAUGAUUUGGACGACUUUCAGAAGGACGAAGAUCGUAAAACCAAGGAGCUGCAAGAAUGGGAAGCCAAAUACGAAAAGGCGCUGGCCGAAAUUGUUGCGCUAAAGGCCGAGAAUAAGGCACUCGGAAAGAAGAUAAAAACCAUGGAGGUUAAUCUUCAGAAUCUACUGGACACAGCCAAGGCGGAGGUUAAGAGAAAAGAGACACUGAUUUCCGAGCUGCGAAACGAAAAGGACGAUGUUUGCUUCCGGCGAAAACGAGCACGAGCGUUUGAAGUGCCAGGGGAAAGAGAACCCGAGUGUAAGCGUCCGAUAGAAUUUCAAUCGAAGAAAAUCGAUGCCAAAAAGGAUAUGGAAACGGAUAGAAAUCCAUUCAAAACAGCUCCUAAAGACGGCGCUAAGAAGUUCACCGCUAAAGAAGAUGGUAGAAAGAUGAUGACCACAAAAGAUGACACAAAGAAAGUCUUCCUAAAAGAUGUUGAAAGGGGGGCAAUAUCCAAAGAUGAUAAUAAGAAGCCAACCUUUAAGGAUGAUGACAAGAAGUUGUCCUCAAAGGAUGACACAACGAAAUCUAGCGCAAGAGAAGACGCCAAGAAAUCGGUCCAAAGAAGCAAGUCUCCCAGGCCGGAACAUUCCAAGACCACCGAUCGAAAAUCUACUGCACAGACUCGUCGUUUAGAAAAUAGACACAGAUCCAGAGAUCGACACCAUAGCCGCAGCCGGAGUCCAAAACAUAGUUCCCGAGGAGAUCACCACAGGAGUCAAGAAAGCAGUUCCCGGCACGCCAAACGCCGAAGCCAUUCCGCAUCGCCCAGCAAUAUACAUUUGCCACGAGAAAGAACAAAAGCCAUCACCACACUGACUGGCGAUGAAGCAAAUAACCAACGCAGCAAGAGCCCGAUCCUCGAGUCCACCGAACUGGUAAAUGAGUCCCAACCGUCUAGGAAAGGCGGUUCCAAGCGAAGAGAUGCUGCUUCAGAGACCAAUGCAAAUUCCUCAAGCGAAGCAAAGGUACAGACGAAAGAUAUUACUCAACCGACAGAUGGUUUAAUUUCUGAAGCUUGUAUUCUAAAACAUGAUAUUAUCCCGGGGCUAAACUUAAUUAACCCAGAGGAUUUUUGUAGAAACAAAAACGAGUUGGAUAAACGAGACGAAAAUCCUUUAAAAAAGUUAUCGAAUCAAGCAAAAGACACUCACGCGCACGAACUAUUAAAUAAGACGUCGAAUCAAAAGGUUGUAAUAGUUAAAAAAUGUAAAAACAUUUCAGCAGAAGAUUGCCCAGCAGAUGUGCAACAGCUGGACGAGCUCAAGGAUGCAAGUGAAGCUCAAGAGCCACAGACAAAGUUAGACAAAAAAGAGCCAUUUGCAGUUGAAACUGUUGUGGAAACGGCUAAAAACGAAGAGAGAAACGACGAUGUCGCUUUAUCUCAGCAUGAUGAGAAUGAGAAAGUGGGCUCAAGAAAAGAUAUCCGAGAACCGACGGAUGAAGUAAGCUUAGUUGUCAAGUCCGACGUGGGAGUAAGGAUUAUCGAGGAUAUUCGGUUGCCAAAGAUGGCGAACAUCGACCACUUUGCUGUGAAGGUCGACAAGCAGGACGAGGCGCCAACAGCCGUCACAAAUUCCAUGACAAAUCAGCAGAACCUAGCCACACAGGACAAAAACAUUGGUUGUGCAGAGAUAAAAGAUCAAACUCCUUUUAGCUCCGCGGACGAAACUUCCAUUAAGUCUGCUACUGUUUUAUACGCCAAGCCCGAUUCAACAAAACUGGAUCACAGCGAUGAACAUGACGAGGUUAUUCUGGAAGCUGAGAUGGACAUGCUGACGAACGAGCAGGAUGCGGCGAGCACAGCAGAUCCAACAUAUCCGAAUAUGCGGAUUGCAGAAGACGCCAUUGAGAUGGCACUAGAGCAAUUGCACCAGCAGUCACCGGACGAAACUGUAGUGACCUCAACGUCGAAUAGAGCUCCGCAGACGCCAAAGCAAAGCCUUAUCACGAUUCUCACCCAGUCUCCAAACCAGCGCGGUCCCAUAAAAUCCCAAACAAAGUCAAAGACUGUGUCACCGAUGGCGACGCCAAAGAAGCAGGCCACGGAGAAAACCCCGCUGAAAAAGAGAAAAGUCAACAUGGACAGUACGCCGCAGGUGCCAGCCGCCAGUUUGGAUGACACCAUCGACAAAACUUUGGGAGCUAGCCCGCAUGACGAUGGCUCAACUGUGACCAAACGCUGUUCCCUGGGCCACACCGAUUACCAGUACGAACAGAUAAAGGACGAGGUCAUCUUAAGAGUGAAACGGCGGGCUCGCCGACGAAAACCAACACCUACGGAAAUACCCACUGCUGCUGCUAACGAACCACUAUGAAAUAAAUUUGUAAUCGUUUUUAA